AUGGCUAUUGAGGAUUUCAUCACAGAUCCUACCCUGCGGCCUUUGCUACAAACAUCACAAGCAACUCUCGGGCAAACACUCUCUGUUCUUUCGUGGUUAGAGGAGAACGCAUCCACGACAGCAGCCCCCCUCGACUUGAAACUCGAUCUUGCAGAACGACAAAAGAUACUCAACGCCUACCUUGCCAAACUUCGCGGUCAGCAUCGUCAAGCAGCUUUUGGAGCGCGGGCAACGAAACAGGAGACCGCCGAGGCUAGGCAAGAGGUUGAUAGAUUGUUGUUACAAUUACAAAACUUGUAUUAUGAGCAAAGACACCUGAUGGGCGAGAUUGGAGCGUGCGAAGGAUAUGACCAUGCUUACACGCACUUACCACUUCGGCCCCUCGAUGAGUAUUUGACCUUGUUCCCAGAACAGGCGGAACUGUCAGAGCAGGAAUUGAUGCCUUUGAGGAUUGAGCACGAAAAACAAGAGCGAGAGAAGAUGGAGCAGGAGAGAUUGGAAUUAGUCAAGAUCAAGGAUGGGCUAGUCAAAGAGAACACCACCAAGAAAGACGAGCUGAAGAAAAUGGACGAGAAACUGGAGGCCAUGCUUGAUGGAUUCAAGGGCUUAGAAGAAGCGCUGCAAAAGGAUAUUUGA